AUGCGCGGGCGGGGUGAGCUCCCCAAGGCGAGGUCCAUUUUUAUCAUGGACAACUUGCACGCGCAGACCACGGACGAGUUCAAGGAGUAUCUUGCAAAGCACUGCAACACUCUCGCCUGGUAUGGCCCUUCGGAGUGCACGGACGAGAUAGACAAAUGGCUCGAGCAGUCGGCCAACCUCGAGAGGUGGGAAACCGCGUCGCUGACAGCUUCUGAUCGGCGCGUCCUGAUCACUCAGUGGAUGGGAGCGGCCAUGGCAAGACUCAACAGUCAACAGGCGUACCGAUACCGCCUUUUCGAAAAGUGCGGGAUGGCCAUGACCGUGGACGGCUCGGGCGAUGAUCGAAUCACCUUGGCGGGUUUGGACAAGCCGUAUACCUUCGCUAACGAUGAAGACAGUAGCGACGACGAACAAGGUUCGGAGAACGGCAACGAUGAGCCUGAGGGGCGGGCGAAGGAGGGCGAUGGAGGACAUACGACGCUCAUGGAGGGCGUUGACUCCAGCGAUGAAGACGACGGCGGUUGGGUUUGGCGACGUGACACCCUAACUUCUUGUGUUUCCCGUUGCCUCGUUCGCAGACAUAUCUCAACCCAGACCGACGAGCUAGCUCUUCUGGACGACGAAUAUAGCAUGGACCCACAAGACCCGGAGGAUGAGAUACAGGGAAUGGAGAUCCCGGCAGGCUUUCGUAUUGAAGAAGCUAAACCCACUGCUCUUGACAGAUUGCUUUUGCGGCGUGGAGUGCUCGUUUGGCUGGGCAUGGGGUGGUUUGGAGGGCUGAUCACUCAACAAUCUCAGAAGGACACUCGCCACCUGUACGACUACUGUGUGCAGCUGGAGCUAGACCAGAGUACGCGCAAGAUGAAGUUGCCCUUAGACAAGCUCACCAAGGCAGUUUGGUAG